AUUUGAAACUUUCCAUGACAAAACAAGAGGCGCGGUUCCAGGGCGCCAAAAGCAAAUUUUCACGUCCCAUUUUCCCUCUCUUUGCUCCUACAUAUUCUUCGUCUUCCUCUUCCCUAACUUCACCCCAUCCUCCUCCUCUCUAUCGCCUCAGCAAUUACACCCAGCACAAGACUCAAAUGGCAAGGAAAAGAGUGGAGGCUGAGCCUGCUACUGCCACUUCCAUGGUUCGCGGCAAGGAUGGCAGUGCUUUUGCUCGAUGUGAAGAGUGCAAGAAGGAUGUUCCGGUGGCUCUUAUCAGCAUGCAUUGCUGUAGCCUUGAAGCUAGAAUCAAGAUGAAUUUGGAGGCUCAAGUUGUGGAAAAGCCUGCUGAAGUUAAGAAGAAGCCUGCCGAAAGGAAGAAAGCAACAUCAAGAGAACCCAAGGCAAAGAAAGCUAAGAAAGAGAAGAGCAAUAAUCCAAACAAGCCUAAACGCCCUCCCACUGCCUUCUUUAUCUUCAUGGAUGAAUUUAGAAAAGCCUUCAAGGAAGCGAAUCCAGACAAUAGGGAUGUUAAAAAGGUCUCAAAGGAAGCAGGUGAAAAAUGGAAGUCUAUGACUGAUGAAGAAAAGAAGCCUUACGUGGAUAAGGCUGCUGAGCUUAAGGCCGAGUAUGACAAAGCCUUGGAAUCUAACAAUGUGGAAAAUGAUGAUCAGGAUGAAGGGGGUUCAGAGAAGGAAGGUGCCGAGCAGGAAGUACAAGAAGUGUCGGAUGAAGAUUAAUAUGGUUCUGAGGCUUUUAAUGUGUUUUUGUUUCUGGGAAAGACUGCCUAGAGGAUUGUAAAUUUUAGGAUAUCCUUGAGUCAAUGGGUAAACAUUAGAUGUUUCAGUAUUGUCAGGAGCAAUGCGGUCUCUAAACUUCAGUAUUAUUUGGCCUUGUAGACUCUUGCUUGGAGCAUAGUUUCUUAUCAUAUCUUUUUGCCUAAUCUUCAA